UUCCUGCACUUCAGUUCGCUGUGUCCGGAAAAAUUUUCCCGAAGCAAGCUGAAUUCUUGCUCAGAAAGAAACCGGAAAGAUCAGAUAUGUCCGGCAUGGAGAGGUUGCAGCGAAUGUUCGCCGGUGCAGGCGGUGCUUUGGGGCAUCCGCCGCCGGACUCUCCCACCCUCGAUUCGUCCGAGCAGGUCUAUAUCUCUUCCCUCGCGCUCCUAAAAAUGCUCAAGCACGGAAGAGCUGGUGUUCCCAUGGAGGUGAUGGGUUUGAUGCUGGGAGAGUUUGUGGAUGAGUACACUGUUCGUGUUGUGGAUGUCUUUGCAAUGCCACAGAGCGGUACUGGGGUUAGCGUUGAGGCCGUUGAUCACGUCUUCCAGACUAACAUGCUCGAUAUGCUUAAACAGACCGGACGGCCCGAGAUGGUUGUUGGGUGGUACCAUUCACAUCCUGGAUUUGGAUGUUGGCUCUCUGGAGUCGACAUUAAUACACAGCAGAGUUUUGAAGCUUUAAAUCAACGAGCUGUGGCUGUGGUUGUGGAUCCAAUUCAGAGUGUGAAAGGGAAAGUAGUGAUUGAUGCAUUUCGUCUGAUUAACCCACAAACUAUGAUGCUUGGCCAAGAGCCACGACAGACAACGUCCAACCUUGGGCAUCUUAAUAAACCAUCCAUCCAAGCAUUGAUCCAUGGGUUGAAUCGGCAUUAUUACUCAAUAGCAAUUAAUUACAGGAAGAAUGAACUUGAGGAGAAGAUGUUGCUUAACCUUCACAAGAAGAAAUGGACUGAUGGCUUAACACUUAAGCGAUUUGACACCCAUUCUAAAACUAAUGAGCAGACUGUUCAGGAGAUGCUUAACUUAGCUAUUAAAUACAACAAGGCAGUGCAGGAGGAAGAUGAGCUGCCACCCGAAAAGCUUGCAAUAGCAAAUGUGGGAAGGCAGGAUGCAAAGAAGCACCUUGAAGAACAUGUCUCAAACUUGAUGUCGUCAAAUAUAAUUCAAACUCUGGGAACUAUGCUUGAUACAGUUGUGUUCUAGAGUCCAGUGUUUCAAAUCCAAGCCUUCAUUAUCAUCUAGGAGGCGUUCUUUCUUGAAAUGGGUACGUUCUUUCUUGAACUUUUUGGCAAUCAGUUGUGUCAUUGCUAGAAGGAUCUGUACUGCUUAGUAGAACUGAAAGGGCAACAAAGUGAUUUGCGCUUGUUUUAGCACUACAUGAUUUAUGAUUUUCUGGCAUCUCUGUUACUCUGUAUCAGUUGUACUUUAAACAUAUUUGAUCAGAUUUCUUAA